GGGCACACGCGAGCGUCUGUGUUGUUGCAGAGAGUGGUGUUUUUAGUUCUUCCCUCAGUUCGUCUGAAUCGUCUCUGACCUGAAACCUUUGUUCCUCUUUUGCCCCCUUUCAUUCUCUCCCUCUCUUUCUUUAGACUAGGGGAGGGGAAAUGGCGAUGACAAUCAUUGCUGUGUCCUUCCUGAUAGCUUGAGGUCUCUCUGUCUCUGUCUCUCUCUCUCUCUAGUUGCAGUACGCCCACUUUCUUCCUCUUCUUCUUCUUCUCUCUACUGGAGAGGAAUGGAUUACCGGAACAUGAAAGGGAGAAAUUUGGAGAUGCUGAGGAGGAGGAGUGGAGGAGUGAGGACGAAGCAGGCAGGGAGGGGAUCCUGCAGAGGAAGCUAGAAGGGGACGAUCUUUUUUCCUCUCUUUGGUCUCUGAUUUGUUUGUUCUAUCUUAAUCUUUUUUGGGUGGGAGUGUGAAGUUUUUUCCUGUAGUGGGAGUUUCUUUGGCUUCGGGGGAUUCUGGAGAUGGGAUCGCUGUUGAGGGAGGUGCUCAAGAGCAUCUGUUCAGGGAAUGGCUGGACGUAUGCGGUAUUCUGGAAGCCCAAGCAGCGAAAUCCAAUGAUUUUGGCGUGGGAAGAAGGACAUUUUGAGCAGGGAUUAUAUCCAGGGCAAUUUGGUUCUGCAACAGGAAGCCGACCAGUGCUUUUGGGAGAAUGGGAAUUGAGUCACCAAAGAAACAGUGAAUCUAAGUCUUCUGGAAAUGAUCGGUUGGGUGUGCUUUUCUCAAAGAUGAGGGACCAGGUUCAUGUGAUUGGGAAAGGAAUUGUGGGCAAAGUUUUUCUCACGGGAACACACAGAUGGGUCUUCCAAGACACUUGCAUGGAUGAAGGAUAUACCUCUGAGGCAGUUGUUUAUGGAACUAGUUUUGAGAACUCUGCUGAAUGGUACCAUCAGUUUUCUGCAGGAAUACAGACGGUUGCCAUUAUUUCUGUAUCAUCACAUGGUGUUCUUCAAUGUGGUUCAGUUAAAAGGAUUGGAGAAAGUAUGGGCUUUGUCAAUCUUGUGAGAAAUAUUUUUAUGCAGUUUGGUGUCAAUAGUGCUUCAUCGCUAGAAAUUAUGCCCAUGGUAUCAGGGCAGAACAUAAAUCUGCCCAAGUUUUCUGAUGUUUAUGGUGAUAUUGGUUCAGCUGAUAUUUGUCAUGUUAAAAUGGAAGGACCUGAAACCUCUCUUAGUGAGAUUCCUGGCAAACCUAUCUGUCAGCCUGGUAGCUUCUUAUCUAAUGACCUCCAAACCUGUAGUUCUCUACUUGAAACCCUUGGUGGUGCCAUCUGUUCUAAUGCUUCUACAGUUCCCUCAGUUUCCUGCUCGGUUAUUCCUUCUACAGAAGCUUUUGGGGAUUUGUUUCAGCAGAAGGCUCUUCUACCAGUGAAGCCCAACUCGUUGCCUAAGGACCAAUUGGAGUUUGCAUUGACAGGAGGAACCACAUCUGCCAUUUUAGACCCUUCCAUGCAAUUAAACCAACACAUCUCACAAAGAUCAGCCAAAUCUUGUGGCAAUGUAAAUAAGUUGCAGCAACAGAGUGUGCCAAAUAACAUUCCCCUUCUGGACUGUACAGUCUUUCCAAAACAUGAAAUUGAUGAAAACAAGAUGCUUCUUCUACCUGACAUUUCCUCUGGUUUAGUUUCUAACAGAAGUGAUAUAGUUAAUUCUAGAACUGGUAUUAGUGAACCUAUAAAUUCAGAUCCAUCUGUUUCGUGGAAGUUAGUUCACACCCAUCAGUCUCCUUUUCCGCAGAGUACUCGCAUUCAGUAUGCUGAUUUAGCUUCUGUGCCCUUGUCUUCCGGUGAUUCAAAAGAACUAUGUGAUUUCCAGAUUAAUUCUAGCCCGCCUGGAGUUCCUAGAACAAGCAGUAGUGUAUCUGUUAUUGAUGGCCAUCCUCUGGCGGUGAGCACUGUAAUGCCUGCAAAAGUAGAGAACGAUCUUUUUCAAGCCAUUGGCCUUCCAUAUAAUGGGUCCCGUCUGGAUAAGCACUAUCCUUGCCAUGGAGCGCUUUCUAACCAUGUGGCAAACUUUGUGCAAAUUGGUUCAUCGAAUGAUCUCAUACCAAAGGUAAACUUGCAACCUGCCAAAACUGAUUUUGACGAUAACUUGGUCACAGUAGCUGGAAGUGGGAACAGUCCUGAAAAGUUUGGGUGCUUAGGCGAGGUUAAAUUGAACACAUCAUCUGCAAGUUUGCAACUUCCUUCUGGCAACCAUGUACUUGGUCAAUUGCAUUCGGAUCUUAAGAACAAUGAAUGUCAGAGUGGAUGCAGUAGUAUUGACUCACAGCUGAAACAUGUUGAGAACACUUACACUAGACCUGACUUUUGUUCAUGUACAUCUGACUUGAAUAUUGCUUCUAUUUUGAAGGCAUUUGGUGAUGGCCAUAUUGACAAUAGCAGUUUUUCUGAAAAUAGAUCUGAGAAUCUUCUAGAUGCUAUAGUUUCCAGUGUUCGUUCCUACUCUGAUCGAAGUUCCAAUCUUCAUACAUCUGGAAAGGCCGUGUCGACCACAAUUGGCUCUUCACAUACUGAAGCUACUCCAUUUGAACUUUUGACUGUCUCGGAAAAAAAACAUGAGGCUGCUUGUGUAGCUCAACAUCUUUUGAACUCGGAAAUGGUCAUGCCAAAUUGUUGUUCUCUGUCUGAGUGCAGUGUGAGCAGAACAGCAGAAGGCUCCCAAACAGAUGGGGCCUCAAAAUCUCAAGUCAGUAUGAAGAUGGAGAGCUCAAACUUGCAACAUGAUAACACCUUGUCCAUGCACAGUGGCAGGGCAGAGGAAUCUGCAAAAGGGAAGCAGAAAAGGCCUAAGCCAGGAGAGAGCACAAGGCCAAGACCAAAAGAUCGGCAGCAGAUCCAGGAUCGUGUUAAGGAGUUGCGGGAAAUUGUACCUAAUGGAGCCAAGUGCAGCAUUGAUGCUUUGCUUGAGCGUACAAUUAAACACAUGCUUUUCCUACAAAGCGUGACCAAGCAUGCAGACAAGUUAAAACAGACUGGGGAAUCAAAGUUGAUAAGCAAGGACGGUGGCUUGCUCUUAAAGGACAACUUUGAGGGUGGGGCUACAUGGGCAUUUGAAGUUGGCUCAAAAUCCAUGGUAUGCCCUAUAAUAGUUGAGGAUCUAAAUGUGCCCCGUCAAAUGCUUGUGGAGAUGCUUUGUGAAGAGCGAGGUUUCUUCCUGGAGAUAGCAGACAUGAUUCGAGGAAUGGGAUUAACAAUCCUCAAGGGUGUGAUGGAAACCCGUGAUGACAAGAUUUGGGCACACUUUGCUGUUGAGGCAAACAGAGAUAUUACGAGGAUGGAGGUUUUUAUGUCACUUGUUCAUCUCCUGGAACAGAUUUCCAACAGUAGACCACCCAAGACUAUGACUGGAGGGCUUCCAACAUUUGAUUCAUACCAUCGAUCCUCGAUACCUGCAGCUGGAUCUAUGGAAAGGUUGCAAUGAAUAGUCAGGGUGCCUGGAUACACAAGUACUGAGAGUAGGGUAUUGCUUUGUUUGCCUACUAUGACCAGUAUUCUGGUUCCAGUCCAGAGCAUGCUACACAAUAUUGGAAUAUUAGGCCUGUGAUAUUGGUAGACAUGCCAUCGACGGGUUGAUCAAAGCUGUGAUAGUUGGUUCUUAGGAGCAAUCAGUGCGAAAUAUUUGAAAGCAUUGGUAGGGUAUGUUUUUUCUGAGAAUCUUCUUUUUUUAUCGGGGUGAGGAUUGAUGACGUGGGAACUAGAUUGAAAGCUUGUGAAGGGAGAAGGGUGUAAUUACGAGAGCUGAUGCUGAAGUUGCAAAAAGGUAGGUCUUUAAUAAGGUCAAAUUUGUUCACAUUUCCCCUUGUGACCAUUAUAUUUAGUCCCAUGAAUUUGUCAUUCUUAAUAUUCUAACUCAUAUUUAUUUUAUAUUUCCAAA